CCGUAAGCUUCGUGUAAUAUCAACAGCUGAUUCGUGCUGUUUGCUCUCUUUAGUGGAUGCUAAGCUAAGCUUAAAUCAACGCUAAGUUCCACAAGUAAACAAAGUGAGAACCAUUGUGGAAGCUAGUACUAACUCUCAUGUUUAUCUAACUCUGUGAAAUAUAUGUAAAUACAUUUAUAUAUUUACGUCGAUUCUUAACUCCUUUACUUCGCUACGGUUUGCAUUUAUUUAUGAGCUCAAACUUGGAUACACACAACCAAUUAUAUGUGGAUCAAUCAAUCUACAAGUGAAGCGAUAUAUAAAAACAAUGUGUUGAGCGGUCUUGAUCUUGAUCGGCAAUGCAAAAAGCUGUGAUUUUGGAUGCGCUUGCUGUGCUUGAGCAACGCAGCAUGGCAAGAAUAAUCAGUAGCGCACUUACAAAGAGAUAUCUCUCGUCUACAGCAGAGCGUUCAACGGCAAAAGCAUUUGCUAAACCUUAUAAAGAUAUACCGGGACCGCGUGGACCCUUUGGACUUGGUAUACUUUAUCAGUAUUUGCCCUUAGUUGGACGCUACUCAUGGCUGGAGCUACAUAAGGCUGGCCGUGAUAAGUACGUACAAUAUGGGCCGAUCGUGCGUGAGACUAUGAUACCAGGCGAGGAUAUAGUGUGGUUAUAUGAUCCGACUGAUAUUGCGACUCUGCUAAAUGAGCGGGAUUAUCCACAACGACGCAGUCAUUUGGCGCUGGAGAAGUACCGUAAAGAUCGGCCGCACAUCUAUCGAUCGGCGGGCUUGCUACCAACCAACGGCGCGGAAUGGUGGCACCUACGCUCAGAACUGCAGAAAGAGAUCAGCGCACCGAAGAGCGUACGCAGCUUCCUUGUCGACUUGGAUUUGGUCACUCAAGAGUUUCUUGAAUAUCUACCGUUGGAGUGCAGCUUUGACAUACUCCCAAAAUUGGCGCGCUUGAAUUUGGAACUUACCUGCCUAAUGACUUUCGACGAGCGUCUUAAUGCCUUCUCACCCGACGAACAGCUACCCAACUCACGCUCCACCAAACUCAUGCGCGCUGCGGAAACUACGAAUAGCAUCAUUUUACCUACCGAUCAAGGUUUGCAAUUGUGGCGUCACUUCGAGACGCCCAAAUAUCGUAGGCUACGCAAGGCGCAAGAAUAUAUGGAGAGUGUCGCUAUCGAUUUAGUGUCUCAAAAGUUGGCGUACUUCAAAGAGAGCAAAACGAACGGCGAUGGCGAUAAUCAUGAUGGCACCAUGUCGCGCAGCUCAUUGAUUGAAGAGUACCUGAAGAAUCCCAAUCUCGAUCUCUGUGAUGUAGUCGGCAUGGCCGCUGAUUUACUAUUAGCAGGCAUUGAUACCACUUCGUAUACGACGGCAUUUGCGGUAUAUCAUAUCGCCAGGAAUGCUGAAGUCCAAGCGAAGCUAAAGGACGAAGCAUGUCGUGUAUUGGCCACACCGAAGACACCCUUGUCAGCUGAUGAUUUGCGCGCAGAAGUGCCUUAUACACGCGCCGUGCUGAAGGAGGUUUUGCGCUUGAAUCCGAUUUCAGUCGGCGUUGGACGCAUACUUAACAGAGAUCUGGUGUUAAGCGGUUAUCAUGUGCCGAAAGGGACCGUGGUGGUAACACAAAAUAUGAUUUCCUGCCGUUUGGAGAAGUACUUUCCCGAUGCACUGCAAUUCAAGCCCGAACGUUGGCUACAUCGCAAUCAAGCCGUUCAUCCCUACCUAGUGCUGCCCUUCGGUCACGGCAUGCGCGCUUGUAUAGCUCGUCGCAUGGCUGAGCAAAUACUACUCGUUUUCAUGUUACGUUUGUUGAGAAACUUCGAAGUAACUUGGAUGGGUGGUGAAGACAAGGUGGGUGUGCGGACGCUGCUCAUCAACAAGCCCAGUCGGCCGGUAAGCAUACAGCUGAAGCGACGCGAUGAGACAAGCAACGGAAAUUGAUUACCGAUUCAAUAAAGUGAUUUUCUGAUUAAACAACAGUGCUUGUAUGUGUGUAUCUCGGAAGAACAUUGUAAAUUUAUGGGUGAAAAGACGUAUCUACAUAUUGUGUAACCAUUCUUAUUAUAAUUAUUGUGAAGAUUGUACUUAUAGUUAAUAGUUUUUGUUUUUUUUUGUAUGGAAAUUAAUAAAGGGUUAUUAAUAAUAUAAAGCAUAA